AUGCAAAAUUUUGAAACUUUAAUCACUUGUCUUCCAAAGAAAUCCAAAGCAAUUUUAUAUAAGAAUGGGAUCAUAAUUUCAACUUCAAGACCUCCAUUGUUUAAUUAUAUAGCUUUUAUCAAAAGGCUUGAUAUCAAUGAAAUUAAUAGUGCAAUUACAAGAUUUACUCCAAAAAUACUUGAUAAUAAUCAAAUUCUGGUUACAACACAGGAAAUAUUUAAAAUGCUUAUGAAUCAAACCUCUUUGAAAAUUUUACAUUUUGAAUUUAAAUCAAACGACGACAUACCUAAUAUUCCAUUUACCGCUUAUCCUGGAGGAAAGGAUUGUUUAAGUAAACUUUCUGAAUUUUCAUGUAGUUCAAAUAUCUAUCCUGAAUUUUUUUAUCAGAUAUCUCGAAUUUGUCAUAAUUUACAAUCACUAAAAAUAAAUUUUAAAAGUUUCAUCUCAAAAGGAUUAACAGAAUUAAUUUCUGUUCAAAAAGAUUUAAAGUACUUGGACUUGAAUUAUUGUGAAGGUUAUUCAGAUGAAUCUGACUUGGAUUAUUGUGAAAGUAAUUUAGAUGGAUCUGACUUGGAUUAUUGUGACUGUAAAUUAGAUGAUGAAAGUCAACUAUUAGCAAACAUUCCAAACACAUUAAACAAAUUACAUAUUUUUGGAAGGCCUUGUCACAUGCAACUGUCAUUUAUUUCUAAGCUCUCAAAUUUACAAGAACUUUCAUUAUCAUUUUUGAAAACCAAUGGAUUAAAAGAUUUUGAAAUUCUUCAAUAUGCUACUCUUCCAAAAUUGCAAAUUUUAACUUUUGAAAUUAAAUGUGCAGCUGUUGUAUACCUGAUCAAUUUCUUAGAAAACAAUGGAAAGAAUUUAAAAAAACUUGACCUUGGCAAAAAAAAAUUUUUUGAUAAUUCAUUAAAUUUAGCUAUAUCCAAUUUUUGUACAAAUCUGACGUCGUUACGAUUUACAUAUUCAUAUAAAACCUUGGAUUCACUAAAAUUAAUUUUAAAUGGUUGUGAACAAUUAGAAAGCAUGGAUAUUUUGUCUAGUGUUAAUUGUAGAGGUUGUCAAGACUUUAUAUUACUAGAGAUGAUUGUAGAAUUUUCACCUAAAAAGUUUCAUGAGUUAAAGGUAGAUAUGGGAUCUUGCGUAGAUCAAGUUAUAGCAUUUCAAUGGGGAUUCGAGCCUAUCUUUAAAUGCUGGGCGAAUCGUGUGCCAUGUAUUCCACUUUCUUUGACUAUUAAUUCGAAAUUAGAAAGUGAAAUUACAAUGGAGGAAAGUAACGUCAAAGUAAUUGAAGAGUUUAUAAAGUUGGGUGUUAUUAAAGAAAUUAAAAUAUUCAAUGAUAUCUCCUGGUUUUGUUAA